AUGGCGCCUCAGCAGGACAACACGCCUGCCAGCUCUCAUGGCCCUCUCAACCCAUCCCUCCACAAGAAGGCAGAGAAAUACUGCAUCACGUGCGGCGAUUCCAACAACAUCAGCUUGUGUUCUGGCUGCAAAGGUGUCUGGUACUGUGGCAACAACAACAAGAAAUGCCAGCGGGCGGACUGGCCUUGCCAUAAGCUUCUCUGCAGCAAGUACGCCAACCCCGAUGACCUCGAGCCGCUCGAAAACGCCUACCGAGGCUUCCUUUUCCGGGCCGAUUCUUUGAAGCCAGAAGUGGUCAUCCUCUCCACCUCAUCGCACAUGACUUUUGACAUGAGACCCGUCAGCGAGCUUCUUCGCCAGCCUACUGAUGACGAGCACGGCCCGUCCGUCGAACGCUGCGGUUUUGGUUUCAGUUGCCGCCUGAAUGGCAGACUCAUCGGAAAGCACAGCAUCCAAAUCCUCUGCCGCGGCAACUUCCAAACAGACGGAUCAAAGGCCAACAAGUCCAUACUCGCUUCCGUCCGAGCCAUAGGUGCCACAUGCCCGCCCAGCCUUUGGGGUGGCAGCAUUGUCGUAAGACGCAUCACCCCCUCGGACAGGCCGUCAAGUGCCACGAUGGCCGACUUCCGUCACACCAUCGACUGGCUUGCCGUGUACCCCAAGCAUCAACUCUACGAGCCUCUCUACUCUCCGCCAAUCGGUCUGGCUUCCACAGGAUAUUGGAAGUUUAAGGACAUCAAGGGCGUUAUGAUCGCGGGAGACCUGCUCACGGAGGACGAUUCGAAGCGCUACAAGGCCAUCUCCGUUCCCUACGACCACAUGAUCCGAGGGCUCGCGGCCGAGCUUCGUGGAGAUAUAUCGCCCAUCUCCGAGCGCAUCGGCCGGCCCCUGCGCCUUUGCAUGAUGCCAACUGAACUGCAUCGUUUCGACGCAAACCGUGCAUGGCUGACAUGUACCCCGGCCGCGGAGCUCAUGCGCCGUCUCAAGAAGGACACUGAUAACCGCUCCCCCCUGUUUGAUCUCAACUCUCUCAAGGGGUGCGCUGAGUCGGGAGCAUUUCCACUCAUUGGGGCUCUUGUGAUCAGCGCCGAAGACCAGGACCUUUCGGUCAACGAGGUCAGGGCCAUGGUGCACUUUACCAGCUCGAUGUGCCGCGAAUUAUUCCAGAAGGUCACGCUGACACCCGGGCAAGACACCGCGCGCCUGGAGGCUGCCAUGCAGGAAGCGCUCGACUUGAUGACCUGGGACAACUACCUGCUGGCGUUUGACGAGCUCGGCAUGCCGCGGCCCGAGAGACGGACGGAGGCGGCAUUCAUUGACAUGCGUGGCAUUGGCAUUCCUGAUACCCCUGUCAGAGCAGACGUGGAGGAUGGACAGGGAAUCGAUGAGGAGGACUAUUGGACCGAGAGCGAGGAAGAUAGCGAGGGUGAGAUCGACUCCUGA